GUGAAAAUCAGGUGCGAGACGCGCGCGGUUUCCCUCGAUUUUCCCGACGUUUGUUGGCGUAGGUUCGCGUGUGUUUUGCUUUCGAUCUCCUCGGGAAAAUUGUUGGACGGAUAUAAACAGAAUAGAAAGGAACUAUUUUAAACGUCAAUAAAACUUCGAAAACGGAUCGAAUGGACGACGCAGCACAUUGGUAUAUCUACACGGGCUUCAGUUAACAAAUAAUGCAGCAACGGGUCUCGUCGGGCUCCGGCAUGGACGCCAGCAAGGAUGAGGAGCAAGGGACGCCAACCCCUUCUAGGGGUCGGCCUACCUCAAAGCUAAAGGUUCUCGGUCGUAGCCAUGCGAUGCGCGAGGAACAAUCGCCUCCCAGAGAACCAUCGUUGGAAGAAUGUCACGGUAGUAGCGUACAACUUCAAUCGCCGCCCACGGUGGUGCUUAGCCCUUCGCCGGUCGAAGACGAACCUAGUACAUUAAGUAGUGAGAAUGGAUCUCCGGCCACUUUAGUGGCCACUCCAAGUCCAAAUUCAAGGUGCUCUCCAAUCUGCGAUAAUAAUGGUAGCUGCGAGCGGCUGCAUCCUGUUGAAACGGAUUUACCUCAGAGUCCCAGGAAUCUCAGCGGAAAAAAUGGAACUUCCUUGGACAAAAUGCAUAACAAAUCUAGUCAAGCUGGUUCAAAAAGUAAAAGAUACUGUGACUGCCAAAACCAAAACUGUAUAAAAUGCUUGAAGGACAGAGGCGGCAAUAACAACAAUAACAAUGUAAUGGGAAGCCCCAAUAUGUUGUACGUCAAUAAGAACAGAGGCAAAUUGAGGCACCAAAGUUCCUCACAGACAAGUUUGAGUUUCGAGAGUUCAACUGGAAACAGUCCCUGUCUAUCAAGAGAUAACAGUUCGGAAUAUUAUACGGAUACAACUGGUGUAGAUUUGGAGCAGUUCAUUCCUGAAACUAUUAAUAAGAAUCCGAAAGAUCGAGCGCUGAUGUUGCGAAUUGAAGAAGAGCUAAUGAAUCUUGUGGAUGAUAAAUUUCAAACCCACUACAAGUUUCCACCCAUGACUAGCUACCAUCGCAUGCUGGUCCAUCGAUGUGCGGCUUAUUUUGGGAUGGACCACAACAUAGACCAAUCUGGAAAAUCAAUUGUAGUUAAUAAAACGAAAAGCACUAGAUUGCCGGACAUUAGAUUCAAGGAACACAUCAAAGAAAUAUUCAACGACGAACCGCCCAGACGGUCAAUUUUGAAACGAGAUUCCAGCAGCAUAGAAGAUUAUUGUUUCAAAAGUCCCGAUCGGGGGUAUAAUAGUAUGGAGGGUCGUAGGAGUAAGAGCUUCGAGGAGAGAGAGGAGGAAUACGAACGAGCAAGAAGGAGGAUAUUUAGAGGAGAAUUGCACGAUUCUUCUGAGGAUUUUGGUUGGUCCGACGUGCAAUGGUCGAGCACGGAUAGUGAUUAUGCGAGGUAUCGGUUGCAGCCUCCUGAGUUUCAGAAUAGACAUUUGAGGAGAUUAUUGAAGGUCCAUUCUGAAGAAACCGAACAAUCGAUGCGACCGUGUGUGGCUAAAAGUUACAGUUUUGGAGGAUAUGGGGGCAAUGUUGCCGUACUGUCUCGAGGAGACAGUGUUAUGUCGACACAUAGCGCACCAGGUCCUAGGCUCUUUACGAAACAAGAUUCUGGAGCUAGUUCGGUGUCGUGGCGUCUGAGUCCCUCCAGUUCAGGUUACAAGUCCCAAUCUCAAAUAUCCGAAUCGGUAACUCCGAGUCCCACGUCGACGCCGCAUUUGCCAGCGGAACAAGGCGACAAGGGCGAUUUCGCUGGCCACAAAAGUACGAACCCUGUUGUAUGGGCUGUGACUGAUCUUAGCAAUGUUCCAAAAGGGAGUGUGAUUAUUAAUCCUGAAACUGGUAAACCUUAUAAAAACGAGGACGGUACGAUAUAUUAUUUCGAUCCAAGUAAGCCUGCACCAGGUUUGUUGCCACUGGAGCCUCCUCCUCGACCAGUUGAAAAAGUGGAGAGACCACCAACUCCACUGCCGAAAGAGAAAACGCUAGUAUCGUCACCAAAACAUGAGAAGAAGUCGCCUUUGAAGCAUCGUAUUUCACCGUGCAAAUCAAAAUCGAAUUUUAUACAUAGCGCUAGUUUCACGAAUAGUGCAACUAGUCCUAGUUUGCCGUUUUCGCCGCCUUUGUCGACUUCUUCGCCUGUGGGGAUUCCCAUAAAUCGGAAUUAUCCAUAUUUACAGGUGGUUAAUUCAUGCGAAAACGUCCCAAAUAUUCCACAACAACCGCAUUUUGCCAACUUUUCUAACCAGCCUGCCGAGGGAAACGUUCCCGUUUAUUCCCAACCUUAUAUCGUCUACACUGCCGCCCCCUAUAGUGUUCCGGUUCAGCAACCUUAUGAUGGAAGACUGGACCAGUCAAAUCUUACCGAAAUUAGUACAACCUACUUCGUACCUGAAGGCGCAGGUCCGCCAACAGCACAACAGUUAACUUAUCAAACAGCAGCGCCGCCUAGCGCGGCUUUUUGGAACCAGCCACCGAUCAAUUUUUAUCCGAACGCAUCGCAACCUCCUAGUCAGACACCACCGCAAAGGUUAUCGUUGCAAUUGCCUACGCAAGGACAAACAGCUUUCGUCACUGCCGGAUAUCCGACUGGCGUUAAUUACAUGACAGCUCACCAGCCGCAAAGUCAAAAUCCGGAAAUUGUUCCGGUGUAUCCGAAUCAGAUGGUUUAUCCGCAGAAUCAGCCUCAUGGCGUCAUCUAUCAAAAUCAGCCGUCGUUAGUAUAUACACCUAGUCCUGCACUUUAUCAAACAACAGCUUAUCCAACUCAAACUAUUCCCGGUUACCCGCAAAGUACACCAACUCCAACUAGUGGCGGCUCGAUGCCUCCCUCGCCAUUUGAAACAAACAGUGGCUUUGUUCAGUUAACGCACAACAUGCAACAGAUGACUUUGGCACCAACCCAGGCCAGUACUCCUAGAGGAUUUGUUCCGGUCAAUCCAAAAUGUAUGCAACCAUUCGAUCCAAGACGUGGUUCGCUAACAAAACAGCCGCCCAGUUUCAACACCAACAAACCAAGGCCAUUUCUAGUGGGUUCUAGUCAAAGUAGUACCGGUACAAACUCACCUGCCGCCACGGUGGUGGCGCCCGGCUACUGUCCCGGUAGUUGCGCCGGCGGUGCGCAAUAUCGUACGCCGCCUCCGAGCACUCCGCCCACGCCGCAAUUUGUGUUCAAUCAACCAGGGUAUCCCGUGGCGGCGGCGCCGCGACUCUUCCGACAGAUGAGCGCAGAAAGAGGGCCCACCCCGGGAACAGCUAAAAGUAGUCGAUCGCCGACUCCCGCUAGCGACAUCACGCAUUUUGAAAGGCAGAGGUUCACUUUUCCGCCGAAUUUUUACCAUGGAAUGCCGAUGCCUUAUAUUGUACAAACAGACCCCCGUCUGAUUGGUAGAGGACAGCCCAACGUUUAUAGACAGCCUACGCCACCCAUAAUCCAAGGUAGACCAUUCAGCAUGCAGGGUGUCGAGAAUCGAUCUUAUAGCAACUAUAAAGGCCGGAAGCCCAAGGUGAACAAAUUCAGUGGCCUCCCACCCUCUGGCAAAUAGAAUCAGCACCCCGAUCCCAAUUAAAUUUUUUUAAGCUUUAAUAUUAGGAAAACAUGAAUAAACAUCGACCGUUUAGGCUGUCCAGCAAUAUAAAGUUUUGUGUUUCAAUGUCAAAUUAAUUUGAAAAGAGGUGAGAUGUUCCUUUGAUUAUUAUUUUGUUAACGAUCUCGCUUAGGACCCUCACUUAUAGUGCUGUGGUUUUUUUUUUAGUUAGCUUUAUUAUUAAGAAUGCUCAAUAAUUUUUAGGUUUGUACCUAUUUAGCGCACAUUCAUAACAAACGGGGUAAGGAUUAUUAUUUUGAAGCUCAUAUUUUUUACCAUUGUCAAAGCAAUAAUAUAAAUUUUAACUAUAAAAAGAGGCUUUAAAAUAAUAUGUUCCUACUCUCGGGGCAGGUUUUGUAUCAACAUUUUGAUAGGUAUUCAAUUAAAAAAAAAACACAAUAUUCAAAAUAUGCUAAAAAUGUCUGAAAUCAAAUUUCUAAUUUAUCUGAGACAUACUAAGUUCUAAAAUUUAUCAGUUGUUAGAAAAAUGUUCUCAAAAAAAUCAUGCUUGCCUUAUUACUACAAUUAGAUCGCACAAAAAGGACUAUUAACAGAGAAUAUUCAUGCAUGCUUUUAUAUUUUUAUUAUUAUUUUUCCUUUUAUUUUUUUAAGUGACAUGUUUUUCUUGCCUUAACUUUUAAUCUGAUUGUUAACGAUCUUAUUCGUUUAUACCAUUUUAAGGAAUAAUUUUGAAUGAAGAAAUUUUUGUUGUUGUCAAUUAAGCCUUACUUUCAUGAAGAUGUUUUUUUGUUUUUUUGUGAAAAAUGAACUUUUUUAUAAUUAGAAAAGUGGCUGUAUGUAGUAGAAUGUUACAAAUUUGUACUUAUUGUAAUUUAUAUUUGUAUCUAUAUUUUAUUGAAAGAUUUUAUAAUAUUAUAUUGUUAAAUUUACCUCCCUUUGUCAUUGUUUUUUGAUGUAAGAAUGCAAAUUGAUUUCGGAUAGGCUUUGUAGGAACCAAAUAAAGCUAUUUUUAAUGCAAAUGAUGAUCAUGUUAUAAGGACCAUGUUACAAUAAUCAUAUUUUUGUUCAUUUUUGGAAAUUUUGCCAAGAGAAUACAGUUUUCAUUUUGAAAAAAUGUGGUUGAAAAAAAAGAAUAAGGAUGAAUACCAUGUUAAAGUUUAAAAUUUGGUUCUUCGAUGUAAUUUCGAAAAUCAGUAAACUUUUGAUAAUUCUCCUUGUUGAUUAAUUUAAACCAUCUAUUGUUACCUACCAACAAACCGGAAAUAAUUUUGUACUUUUAAGUUUGUGGAUUAUUUUUCAAUAUCAAUACAAAAAUAUGUAUUUUCUUUGCAAACUGUAACGCGAUUACAGAUUGGAUUCCACAUUUUAUCUUAUUGUCCUGUUCCAAUUAUUGUAGACUAUUCAAGUGAAAAAGUCCAUCCAUGUAUUUUUACUAUUUACCUUUCCCAUUUUUAACCUACUUCCCUUGCGAAAUUUUUCAAAUCUUUUUUAUAACCAACAUUUUGUAACAUAGUGUACUUAAUAAUUGAUAUUAAUUAUAGUAUAGUAUUUUAAAUUUCACAACAAAGCUAUUUUUUUUGUAAAUUUCUUUAUUAUUGGUUAAAAUAGGGCUCUGCCUAGUACCUACCUACAAAGUUUUUAGAGACUUAAAGGCCGAUUCAUGUAAUAAUCUUGACUUUCCUUAUUUUUCAACUUUUUCCUCUUUCAAUUUUCAUUUUUUUGUCUGAAAACCCUUGAAGACAUGAAAAAAUCUACAGAUGAAUUUUCUUUCCGCUUUACCAACAAAAAAUUUAGAAAUAAUAUCGGUUCUUAGUUUAAAUAUUGUGAAUAGAUAAAAGUUAACUAGUUAUUUUUAAACCCUUAAGGCUAAGAAAAAUUUAUUAAUAUGAAGAGUAUGUUGAUGCUAUUAUUUACAAAAAUAAAUUUUUACAUGAAACGGCCAUUAUAUCUAUUCAGAACGUAGUAUUAUUGUUGUAAAAGAGAAACUUGAUUAGUGAUUUUUUUCUUAAAACAUUGUAGAAUGUUAUUUAUUUUUUUGUUUAUUUUUUUUGUUAUGAUGUGCCUGAUACAUUCUGUGAAUAUACAUUUAUUUACUAA